CUGCUUAAUUCAAUACAUUUUACUUGUUCCUUCUUAUGUUAAUAUUCUUAUGAUUUAUGCUUUUUGUAAUACUCAUGAUGUUUCAUGGGGUACAAAAGGAGAUAAUAUUAAUACUGGAAAUCUGAAUGGUACGCUGGUAACUGAGGAAGAUGAUAAAACAACCAUUAAGAUUAAUGUCAUUGAGGAAGAAGAUAUAAAUGCUGCAUACAAUAACAUUAUCGAAGAGUUAAAAAAUAAAGGUCACGAAAAGAAGCAACAUCGCAAUGCCUUUACAAAGAAAGAUAAUUAUUAUAGAUUGUUUAAAACAAAUUUGGUUCUUUCAUGGAUAUUUACAAAUGGAUUAAUAAUCAUUUUAUUCACAUCAAAUACUUUUUCAAAAUAUUUUUCAAAUCAAGAUUAUAGUGGUGCCUAUAACUCUUAUUUGGCUUUUGGUAAGAUAUUUAUUUAA